GAGACUUAAAAAAAACACCAAUUAUGAUGGCAUUGGCAAGAAGACACAAUGAUAUUUAUCAUCUCCUUGUAUCUGAGGGUGCAGAUCUGACACUUACUGAUGACAACAACACAGACUGUCUGAUGUUGGCAUGUGAGGGAGGAAACAUAUCUAUAGUGAAACAUGUCUUGUCACUGAAAACAUGUGACAUCAACAGGCAGGGAGGAUGGUAUAAACAAACACCAAUUAUGAUGGCAUUGCAAGGAGGACACGAUGAUGUUUAUCAUCUCCUUGUGUCUGAGGGUGCAGAUCUAACACUUACUGAUGACGACAACAGAGACUGUCUGAUGUUGGCAUGUGAGAGAGGAAACAUAUCUAUAGUGAAACAUGUCUUGUCAAUGAAAACAUGUGACAUCAACAGGCAGGGAGGAGAGUGGAAACAAACACCAAUUAUGAUGGCAUUGCAAGGAGGACACGAUGAUGUUUAUCAUCUCCUUGUGUCUGAGGGUGCAGAUCUGACCCUUACUGAUGACAACAACAGAGACUGUCUGAUGUUGGCAUGUGAGAGAGGGAACAUGAAUAUGGUGAAACAUGUCUUGUCAAUGAAAACAUGUGACAUCAACAGGCGGGGAGGAGAGUUGAAACAAACACCAGUUAUGAUGGCAUUAGAAGGAAGACACUAUGAUGUUUAUCAUCUCCUUGUAUCUGAGGGUGCAUAUCUGACCCUUACUGAUGACAACAACAGAGACUGUCUGAUGUUGGCAUGUGAGAGAGGGAACAUAAAUAUAGUGAAACAUGUCUUGUCAAUGAAAACAUGUGACAUCAAUAGGCGGGGAGGAGAGUUGAAACAAACACCAGUUAUGAUGGCAUUGGAAGAAGGACACGAUGAUGUUUAUCAUCUCCUUGUGUCUGAGGGUGCAGAUCUGACCCUUACUGAUGACAAAAACAGAGACUGUCUGAUGUUGGCAUGUGAGAGAGGGAACAUGAAUAUGGUGAAACAUGUCUUGUCAAUGAAAACAUGUGACAUCAACAGGCGGGGAGGAGAGUUGAAACAAACACCAGUUAUGAUGGCAUUGGAAGAAGGACACGAUGAUGUUUAUCAUCUCCUUGUGUCUGAGGGUGCAGAUCUGACCCUUACUGAUGACAACAACAGAGACUGUCUGAUGUUGGCAUGUGAGAGAGGGAACAUGAAUAUGGUGAAACAUGUCUUGUCAAUGAAAACAUGUGACAUCAACAGGCGGGGAGGAGAGUUGAAACAAACACCAGUUAUGAUGGCAUUAGAAGGAAGACACUAUGAUGUUUAUCAUCUCCUUGUAUCUGAGGGUGCAGAUCUGACCCUUACUGAUGACAACAACAGAGACUGUCUGAUGUUGGCAUGUGAGAGAGGGAACAUAAAUAUAGUGAAACAUGUCUUGUCAAUGAAAACAUGUGACAUCAACAGGCGGGGAGGAGAGUUGAAACAAACACCAGUUAUGAUGGCAUUGGAAGAAGGACACGAUGAUGUUUAUCAUCUCCUUGUGUCUGAGGGUGCAGAUCUGACACUUACUGAUGACAACAUCACAGACUAGUAUAUUGUUACCUGUAUUUAUGUAACUCGACACCAAACUCACGAGGGCUGCAUGCAUCUGGCACCCUUCCUCCACCAGUGUCUGAGCAAGGUCUGUUCAUGUGAGUGGAGGAAAAGGCAGGACAACGGGAUGAUGUUCCUGGUUGAUUCAUCGUUGAGAAUUCACACUGGCAUCACAAUAGAUUCCUUGCCACACCAUGACAAUCGACCUCGAGUUCAAAACAAACAUGCCUGCCAUUUCCCUCAUCGGUGGUGUACUCUGAUAUUCCUAUCAUCGUUGGCAUCGACCUUUUUAUCACAAAAGAACAGUCUUUGCCAGUUGCUGUUUUGCCACUAACAAAUUAUGUGUGUGUACCUGGGUGGUGGUGCUAACUCUGAAUGAGUUAUAGCCACAUAAGUACCACCCACUUAUAACCCCCUAGUAUUCAUUCUAUACAUAUUUACAUAUAUACAUGUUCAUCUAUUAUCACCAUCACUUCAUUCUGUGUUCAUUAUAUGUUGUCCUUGUCUGCAGUUGAAUGUCAGCCAACUAACAUCAACCCUGAUACCCUUUUGCAGCCUCUGUAAUUUCUCCAGCUUCACCUGGACUUCCCCCUAUCUAUUUUUAGAUAUGUCCACCACUUCAUAUGACUGUGAAGCAUCUUGACUUCCUUUAAUACCUGUCAGAUGCUACCUUUCUUCUGAUUGACCCUUUGAUCCAGUUCUUUAAACUUCCUUCUCAUCUGCCUCUCUGCUCAGGUGAGAAUCUUGGCAUGAUUGUUACUUUAUGUAAAUUCUGAUGCAAACUGUCAGUGUUACAGUGCCUUUAUACCCUUUGGAGAUCAUUCUGCACGUGUAUUGCCUUUUGAUUAUUUAAAGUCAAUUCUUACAUAUUUGAGUUUUCAAAAACCGUCAUGCUGCUUGAGACCCGUUAAAUUCUUCAGCAACCCAUGCUUGCUUUAAAAGGCAACUAUGCUUGUUGUAGGAGGCGACUAACAGGAUCGGGGGGUAAGGCUCACUGACUUGGUUGAUGCAUGUUAUGGAUCCCAAUUGCGUAGAUUGUCACGAUGUAAAUGACUGGAUUGUCUGGUCUCCAUUAUUUACAGACCACCGUCAUAUAGCUGGAAUACUGCUGAGUGCGGUGUAAAACAACAAACAAACACACUCACAUGUUGCUUGAAGCAUAGUAUUAGUGCACUAGUAUUGUAGAAGUGUAUACAGCAGUAAGGUGUUGUAGUGGUGUAUACAGCAGUAUGUUGUAGUGGUGUAUACAGCAGUAAGG